UAACAUAAUAUGUGGUUGACAGUGGUGUCUCGCAUCUCAUUCUGGGUGGAAGGGAGAAGGACACGUAUCCUUUGCCGGGGCCCCUGGCCCUUUCUGGGGCCCCUGGCCCUUUCUGGGGCGGGUCUGGGGAGGCGGAGCCGCGGGGCCCCCUUAUCUCCGGAGCCAGCCCGGCUCCCUGGCGCCAGGCCCCCGCUUGGGGUCCCGGCCAUGAAGUCUCUGCUCCUGCCGCUGCCCCUUCUGCUGGCGGCCGCCUACCCGGUAGGUGGGAGCGCGCGGAGGCGCCAGGCUGAGCUGUCGCAAAGCCCCAGCCCCAGCCCUGCCGCGCCCUUAGGCGUCUCGGAGCCCUUCAGGGUGCGUCUGAGCCCCGAACUGGUGGAGGUGGCCCCGGGGCACUCGGUGUGGCUGAACUGCAGCACGAGCUGCCCCCUACCGGCCAGACCCAGCCUUUUCACCCAGCUGCGGCGCGGCCGCACGACCUCGGGGCCGGGCUGGGUGUCCUACGAGUUGGUGAAUGUGACGGCCUGGAGCUCCGUCGUGCGCUGCUGCGCCACCUGCGCGGGAGAAAGGCGCCAGGCCACCGCGAGGAUCAACGCUUACAAGCCGCCGCGCAGCGUGAUCCUGGAGCAGCCGGUCCUCGCGCGCGGCCGGUACACUCUGCGCUGCCACGUGACGCAGCUGUUCCCGGUGGGCUUCCUGAGGGUGAGCCUGAGGCGCGGCGGCCGACUUAUCUAUUUUGAAAGACUGGAGCGCUUCAAAGGCCUAGAUCUAGCCAAUGUGACCCUGACCUACACAUUUCGCGCCAGGCCCAGUGACUUCUGGCAGCCUGUGACCUGCCACGCACGCCUCAAUCUCGGCGGCCUGGUGGUGCGCAGCAGCUCGGCGCCCGUCAUCCUGUCACCCCUGGGUAAGGACCUCUGUGAUCCUGGGGACUCUGGGAGGUGUACGUGUGGUGAUUCCAGGAAGGCACAGGCCAGAGUGACCAGCGUCAGACCGUCUCCUGGGUUCCUAAUUCUCCACCUCCUGUUCCCAGAUUGGAGCCCCGAGUCCAAAGCCUUGGCCUCCACCUCCAUCGCGACUGUCGUGGGGAUCCUCCUAGCAGUGGGGGCCGCCACCCUGCACAGGUGGCUAGGGAUCCAGCCUAGAGGGGCAUGCUCUGCCGGCUGAGCGCGGACUGGCUGGAACAAUUUGCAA